GCUCCACAGGGUUUACCACCGAAGCAGACAUGCAAAUGACUUGAUAAAAUGUUCCUUGUGUUUUAGGACUCUGAGCCUAACGUGAUUUAUUUUGUAUUUUUUGUAAGCGAUUCCAGAUAAAAAAAAAGAAGAUGAGCCUGUGAUCUAAUGGAAAACAACAGUUCUGAAUUUGUAAUAUGGAAACAAAUCAACCAGGAGACCAUGUGGGGGCCUUCCUGGAGGAGUUCAGGGAGCAGAUCAUUGCUGGGGUGAGAUCACCCGGAGCCAUCAUACAAGCCUGGAUCUCACAGCAGCCGACGACCAUCAAUCAAACUUUGACACCACAGGAACAAAUCAGGGAGCUGUUUCAUGUCGUGGAAAAUGGAACAUCACAAUCCAAAGUUUGCUUCUACCAGAUACUUUCGCAGGAGGAACCCGAGCUAAUAGCUGAUUUAGAGCUAAGACAACAGAACAGCAGGACGACCCAAACAGAACAGAAGUGGACAAUGGAAAACAGCAAGCAAUUAGAAGACGAACACACAAACGUCUACAUAAAAACCAAAAGGGAUACUAUUAAAAGACAAAGAGAAUUGACAUGUCAGGUAAUGGGGGAGAUUGAACAACUUUUGGAAGAGACACAAAGAGGGAGAAAGGAAAUUGACUACCUAAAGACAAAUACAGAGCAGCAACAGGAGGACAUUGCCAGGCUGACAGCUGAAAAACAUGAGCAGGACUUACUGAUAAAAGGACUGAGAUUACAGAUAGAAAAUGUUAUUGAGAAACUCGAGGAGAAUAAAAAUGAAGCCACUCUAGAAAAAAGACAACUUCUAAAAAUGCUGACUGAAAUAUACCAAGAGAGGGAAGCUCUGGAAAAAAGACGCAAGGAGCUCAUGAAUGAGAGACACAAGUUAGAAAUGGUCAAGCAUGAUAAGACAAAAUCACAAGAAAGCAAGGAACCCCAAAAACCCAUGGAGCAGAUAAAGAGAGAGCAGGAGAUAACAGAGAGGCUGAUAGCUGACAGUCUGCAGAGUCUCAUUAAUAAAAGUAAGAAAAUGAUGCUUGAAGCAAAGCAUGAAAAAGAACAAAUGGAGAAAAACAUAGCAGACCUCAAGCAAGAGUUAAAGAGAAAUAAAAAGGAUAUUUCCCAACAUAAAGAUCAAAUUGAGCACUUCAAACUUAUUCUGAAUGUAAGUACCAACACAAUGAAGCAAACAAAAACUCAAAGAGCUGUUGAAAUGCAGAAAGCUGCAGUCCCACAGAUGGAAAGCAGAGAAAGACAGGAAGAAGACGCAGACACAUUUGACACUGUGAAGAUAAAACUCUGCAGAAUCCAGGAAGAGAUGGAGAAACUUUGGGAUGUGCUGGAAGAUAGUGAACAAGUAGAAGUAACUGUGGGAGAGGAGCUAAAGACAGAGAGUGGUCGAAUUGAAGAUGUUACAUCUGACUCCAAAAAGCAAAGACAAGACAAGCAUGAAAGCAUGAAGACAACACAGUGGGAACCAGAGAUAAAGGCUGAUCUGCAGAGGCAAAAACAAGACAUAGAGAACAAGUUGGCACAAAUCCAAUCUGAAAGAGAUGAAAUACAAAAAACCAAGGCUGAAAUACAAAUAGAGAAAGAAAACAUAGAAAGAGACAGGCAGUUAGCUAAAGCUGAAAUGAAUGCAAUGAAGUGUGUGAGGGAAAAUAUCGAAAAGCAAAAACAGGAGCUGGAUGACAAGUUACAAAAGACAAAGAAAGAGAUAAGAGAGAUGGAAGUGAUGAGCUCUGAGAUUGAAAUAAAGAAAAAGGACCUAGCAAAAAUGAUUAGAAUGAGCAAGAGAAAAAGGGGAGAGAUCAGCAAGAUGGAGGAGGAGUGUGGACACGCUAAAAAAGACACAGAGAAAAAACAAGAUAAGACUGAGGGGCAGGGGAUGGAGUUGAAUGUGGAGAACAGAUCUGAAAAUCAGUUUGAGGAAGACAACAUGGACACAAGCUCAAAGAAUGAAGUGAACACUGGCAUGAAGAGAGUUAUCCUCGACAUAGAAGAGAUCAGAAAGAUGCUGCACAGGGUGAGAGAAGAUACAGAGCAAAGCAGGAGGGACUGUACACAGGAAAAGAGCGAAAUCCAAUGGAUGAAUUUUCAAGUAAAAAAAAAGAGACGAGAGCUUGACCAACAGCUGGAGAAGACCAUGAAUGAGAGGGAUGAGUUAGAAAUCAUGAAGGUAAAGAUACAGCAACACAGGAAGGAGGUUGAACAAAAACUGGAAGAUACAAUAACUACAAUUCUGACUUUUGGGGAAAUAAAAGCUUGCAUAGAAACAGCUGCUGCAGAGAUGAACAACACCAGGGAGGAGAUAGUCAAAGCACAAAGGUCGAUGGAUCAGAACAAGGAAGAGGUCAAAAACUACAUGGAUAAGAUGACUUCCAUGAAAGCUCAGCUCAGCAAAUGGACACUGACAGACUCUCCAAUCAAAAAGACUUUUCCAAGGAAAACAUCUAAACUUCAGGAACCACAGAAAGAAACAGAUGAUCCUAUCAAAGAUCAAACAUUUAAAAUUCCAAUAAACAAAGAAGGAGAAGGAGAGGAAAUUACAAAAGAGACCAUGUCUUUGCAGCAAUCUUUAACACCAGAAGACCAGCAUCAAAGAGAAGAAAUAAAAGAACAGGAGAGUACUGAGUCAGAGUACAAACAAACACAAGAGCUCAAUUUUUUUGCCGUGGACGUGAAGAAAGAGCAGAAUGUUUUCUUACAGACGCAGACAGAAAUUCAUGAAGAAACAUUAAUGGAUGAUGAUCAAACAGAAUUACUGAUAAAUGUAAGAGAAAUGGAAGAAGUGCAAAAGCAGAUGUCCAAACUCAAAGACAGAGAGGAGCAAAUGAGGGAGCAAAUAAGCAUUGCUAUGGGGAACAUGGAGGGAAACAAUCAAGAGAUUAAAAAGCUCAUUAUGGAAAUAAAUGAGCUGCAGAGCCAAAAACCAGAUUAUGAAAAUGGGUUACAAAUUGCAGUCAGAGAAAGCACAGAUGUUUUCAAACAUGAAAUAGUUAAAUAUGAAGUGAGAGUGCGAAAACAGGAGAGUGGCAAUUGGGUGAAACAAGAAGUUAUUGAUGAUGUUCAGAAGCAAAAACAAAAUCAGGAGUCAAGAGAAAAUAUGCGGACACAUACUGAAGAGACAGAUGGACGUUCUGAUAAAAAGGACACAAGAAGUGCUGAUGUACAACAACUUAGGGCAGAGAUUCAUAGAACACGAGAAAUCAUGAAACUAGUAAAACUAGAACUUGAAUAUCAAGCUGAAGAAAGUAAUAUAGACAAAGAGCAUAAGGAUGAAGGCAGUGAACACGAAGGAUUGCUCCAAGACAUGAAACAAUUCCAAGAGCUUUUAAAACUGGUACAAAUUACAAUGAGGCAAAAGCAAAUGCAUCUGAAUGAAGAAAUGAGCAACAUGAAAUCAAUGAAAACUGCAGCAAAAAAACAGAACAGACAGCUGGAUCAGAGGUUAGAGAGAACCUUGAGAGAGAGAGAUGAAUUUGAUAUUUUAAAAAUAAAAAUGCAGAGACAAAUUGAAGUGACUGAGCAGAAGUUGGAGAAAAUGGGCAAAGUUAAAAGCACCAUGGAGAAAAUUGCUGAGAAGACAAGACAGAAAAGUGAAGACGUAGAGAUUAUUAUAAAAGAAACCGAAGUCAAACUGAGACAGUUGGAAGACCUGAGCAAUAAGAUUGAGGCCACAAAACAAGAACUGGAGAACAGCUGUCCUUUAAUAUCCCAGAAAAGAGCUGAAAUUGAAAAAAUCAAGACUGAAAUCAAGCAGAAAAAAGACAGAGAAUCUGCCUUAGAAAGUCUUGAGAGUGUAAAGGGAGACAUAAAGAAACAUGACAGAGCUGAAACAGAUGUGGAAAGGGACAAAAUCCAGAGAAGAAUGGGUAAAGAAUUGGAAGAAAUGGAAAAUGAAAUCUCCAGACUCAGAUCAGAAAAGGAGAAACUGGAAAGGGAUAGAAAACUGACAAUGGAUAAUUUGGCUCAGAGAAAGAGUGAAAUUAAACAGCUGAAAAAAGCCGUAAGUGACCAAGUGAAACAAAAGACAGAGAGACAAGAGAUUGAGAUGCUGAAACAACAGAUUCAAGUAGAGAGUGAGAAUGUGAGAAUGGAAAAACAACAAGCUGAGGCAGAAAUGCAUCAGAUGAAACACUUAAGGGAGAGUAUGGAAAGACAAAAACAUGAGCUUGAUGACAAAGUGCAAGCAACCAAAAGAGAAAUAAGAGAAAUGGAGCUGCUGAAGUCAGAGCUAGAAAUAAAGAAAAAGGAAAGUGAAAAAAUAUUUAGAAAAAACAUGCGAAAAAUUGAGAGUGAAAGAAAGUGGAAUAACAUACAAAGAGAAAAGGAGAAAUUAAGGAAAGAGACCAAAAAGAGCACAAGAGAAGUAGACCAAAGACCUGAAGAAAUUGUGACAGAGAGGGGAGAGUCAGAAAUGUUGGAGAUAAAACUGCAACAGCAGGAGGAGGAGCUGGCUGAAGAGAAGCAGAGAAAUAAAGACCAGACUACUUUUAUCCAAGUACACAGGAAAAAUGAAAAACAACGUCUGGAAACACAAGCAGUCAGAACCAUCAGCAAGGAAGCUGAAAAGAUGCAUCAAAGCUCAAAAGCCACAGAUUUCAGUUUUGACCUUCAGAAUUUGAGACAAAAGAUUCAUGUAAAUUUGGAAAUAAUUAAGAGGGAAAUGGGAAUCCUUGAAAAUGUAAAUGUUCGUUUAGGGAAACAAAAAGAAGGACUCAAAGCAUUAAAAGCUGAGAGUAGGACUGUGAGAGACAACAUGAGUCAAAUAAAAUAUCAGAUAAAGAUGACCUUUGACAAAAUGACAAUACAAGCAAAAGCAGAGAUGGAUGAAAUGGUCCACAUGUGGGAUGAUAUCCAGACAAAAGAACAGGGGAUUGAAAUCAGAUUAGAAGAAGUUAAAAAAGAAAGAAGAGAAAUGGAAGUGUUGAAGUCCGAGUUGGAGAUCAAAAUAAGAGAAAAUCAUAAGAUGAUCCGAAAAGGCAUUAAAAAACAGCAGGAUGCUAAAAACAUAUGGACUGAGAUCAAAGGAGAAAAAGAUGCCCUCAAGAGGGAGACACAGAAGAGGAAGAAAGAGCUUGACAAGCGACUGGAGAGGAUCAUCAGAGAGAGGGAUGAACUGGAGAUCGUGAAACUGAAGAUGCAAAGAGAAAAGGAGUUGAGCGAUGGUACAAAAGAUCAAAAACGAAGUAAGACAAGAUGGUCCAAUGUGGUCAUUGAAAAGCACGAUGUGAAAGAGCAGUGGCAGCUAAACAUUGUUGAAGAACAUGAAGUUCUUGAAAAACUGAAGGCAGAGCUGAAGCAAGACAGAGAGGAUCUGGACAGAGAGCGUGAGAAGAUGAACAAAGAGAAACUGGACUUGGAGCUGAUGAGAUCUGACAUCCUGAAACAAAGUGACACAUUAAGACAAGCAAUACAAGAUAUGAAAGAGCAAAGAGACAAAUUGGAAAUCACACAGUCUGAGCUACAAAAGAAGAAAGAACAUGCAGACAGUCAGUUUGAUGAGAUGAACAGAGAGAAAAGCAACAUCAAAGAUCUGACCCUUCAGCUUCAGACAGAAAGAGACAAACUUGAGAAUGUCAUGAACAUGAUUAUCUUAAAACAAGAAGAUCAAGAACUCAAGGACAACGAACUCAAAAGACAAACACAAGAACUGGAAACUGUUAAGAACAGUGUGCUGGCAGAAACAGAGGAACUGGAACUUCUGAGAAAAGAUCUCAACAAGAAGAAAGAAGAGGUUGAAGCUGCCAUGAAUACUAUCAGUGCAGAGAGAGAAAUAGUCAAUCAGAUGAAGAGUAGUGCUGACAUGGACAGACAAAUGCUUGAGGAUGAAAAGAACAAAAUGGAAGGAGAAAGGUCUGAUCUUAAAAUAAGAGAGGAUCAACUCUUGGAUAAAAUGAAAUCAAUGGAAACCCUGAGAGAAAAACUUCAACAGCUGAAAGAAAGGAUGAGUGAAGACAUGAAACACAAACUCAUUAGACUGGAACAAAACAAUGAAGAAGUAUUGAAACUGGUCAGUGUUUUGGAGCAAAAGCAUGAAGCUCUGGAUAAACAGAAAGAAAAUAUGUCAUCUUACACUGAGAUAUUACAGAGAGAAAGAGAAGGGUUGAGGAGUACCUUGUCAGAACUUGCCAUUCAGAGACAAGAGAUUGAAAAUCGACUGAAACAAGACGCUUUGUUGGAAACAACACAUCUUGUCGAACUGAAGGCAGAGCUGAAGCAAGACAGAGAGGAUCAAGAAGGAGAGCGUGAGAUGAAGAAGAAAGAGAAACUGGACUUGGAGCUGAUGAGGUCUGACAUCCUGAAACAAAGUGACACAUUAAAACAAGCAAUACAAGAUAUGAAAGAGCAAAGAGACAAAUUGGAAAUUACACAGUCUGAGCUACAAAAGAAGAAAGAACAUGCAGACAGUCAGUUUGAUGAGAUGAACAGAGAGAAAGGCAACAUCAAAGAUCUGACCCUUCAGCUUCAGACUGAAAGAGACAAAUUUGAGAAUGUCAUGAACAUGAUUAUCUUAAAACAAGAAGAACAAGAACUCAAGGAUGAUGAACUUAAGAGACAAACACAAGAACUGGAAACCAGUAGAAACAAUUUAUUGGCAGAAAAAGAAGAAUUUGAACUUUUGCAAAAGGAUCUCAACAAGAAGAAAGAAGAGGUUGAAGCUGCCCUUACCACCAUCGGUGAAGAGAGAGAACAAGUCACUAAAAUGAAGACUGCAUUUUACAGGGAGAGGGCAAUGCUUUCAAAUGACGAGGAAAGGAUGAAAGAACUGUCUGAGCUGAACAUGAAAGCCGAUCAGUUAAAUAGUACACUGAAAUCCAUGGAAACUCUGAGAGCAAAACUCAAAGAUUUCACUGAAACAACACAAGAAGGUCUAAAAACCAAAAUGGACAGAUUAGCACAACACACUGAAGAUUUGCAAAAACUUUGCAUGAUGUUGGAGCAAAAACAAACAGAAUUUGAAGCAGACCAAAACAAGCUGCCUGAUUUCACUCAAGAGUUAAAAAGAGAAAAGGAAGCUCUUAUAACUAUGUUAUCAGACGUGCUCCAAAGCAGAUAUGAAGCAGAAGAUCAGAUGAAGACAAAGCCUAUUUUGGAAAGGCAAGAUGGUGAAGAACUUAAGGCUGAGAUGAUCAAAGGGAAAGACGAUCAGAAAAGUGUCCAUGACGUUAUUACCGAACAGAAGCAGAACAUAAAGAAGCAAACGAACCUGUUAGAACGAAUCAUACAAGAAAUAGAAAAGAGAAAAGAUGAGCUUCAGAUCACAAUGACUCCGCUGAAAGGUGAGAAAGAACACAUCAGCAGCUUCCUUGAAGAGAUAGAUAAAGAAAAAAGCAACAUAAGAGAGAUGGUGCUUCAGGUUCAGACAGACAAGACCAAAGUUCAGAACAUGAUGAAAAUUAUUGUUUUGAAACAAAGAGAGCUAGAUCUAAAAGACGCUGACAUCGAGGAACAAAUGCAAGAAUUGCUAAACAGCAGGAACAUCGUACUAGCAGAAAAAGAAGAACUGGAACUUUUGAGAAAGGAUCUCAACAAGAAGAAAGACAAGGUUGAAGCUGCCAUGAACACUAUCAGUGGAGAGAGAGAACAAGUAGUGAAGAGUAGUGUUGACAUGGACAGAGAAAUGCUUGAGGAUGAAAAGAACAAAAUGGAAGGAGAAAGGUCUGAUCUUAAAAUAAGAGAAGAUCAACUCUUGGAUAAAAUGAAAUCAAUGGAAACCCUGAGAGAAAAACUUCAACAGCUGAAAGAAAGGAUGAGUGAAGACAUGAAACACAAACUCAUCAGACUGGAACAAAACAAUGAAGAAGUAUUGAAACUGGUCAGUGUUUUGGAGCAAAAGCAUGAAGCUCUGGAUAAACAGAAAGAAAAUAUGUCAUCUUACACUGAGAUAUUACAGAGAGAAAGAGAAGGGUUGAGGAGUACCUUGUCAGAACUUGCCAUUCAGAGACAAGAGAUUGAAAAUCGACUGAAACAAGAUGCUUUGUUGGAGACGACACAUCUUGUCGAACUUAAAGCAGAGCUGAAGCAAGACAGAGAGGAUCUGGACAGAGAGCGUGAGAAGAUGGACAAAGAGAAACUGGACUUGGAGCUGAUGAGGUCUGACAUCCUGAAACAAAGUGACACAUUAAAACAAGCAAUAAAACAUAUGAAAGAGCAAAGAGACAAAUUGGAAAUCACACAGUCUGAGCUACAAAAGAAGAAAGAACAUGCAGACAGUCAGUUUGAUGAGAUGAACAGAGAGAAAAGCAACAUCAAAGAUCUGACCCUUCAGCUUCAGACGGAAAGAGACAAACUUGAGAAUGUCAUGAACAUGAUUAUCUUAAAACAAGAAGAUCAAAAACUCAAGGACAACGAACUCAAAAGACAAACACAAGAACUGGAAACUGUUAAGAACAGUGUGCUGGCAGAAAGAGAUGAACUGGAACUUCUGAGAAAAGAUCUCAACAAGAAGAAAGAAGAGGUUGAAGCUGCCAUGAACACUAUCAGUGCAGAGAGAGAAAUAGUCAAUCAGAUGAAGAGUAGUGCUAACCAGGAAAGACCACCGCUUGAGAUUGAAAAGGAAGGAGAAAGGUCUGCGCUGAAAAUAAGAGAAGAUGAACUCUUGGAUAAAAUGAAAUCAAUGGAAAGUCUGAGAGAAAAACUUCAACAGCUCAAUGAAAGGAUGAGUGAAGACAUGAAACACAAACUCAUCAGACUGGAACAAAACAAUGAAGAAGUAUUGAAACUGGUCAGUGUUUUGGAGCAAAAGCACGAAGCUCUGAAUAAACAGAAAGAAAAUAUGUCAUCUUACACUGAGAUAUUACAGAGAGAAAGAGAAGGGUUGAGGAGUACCUUGUCAGAACUUGCCAUUCAGAGACAAGAGAUUGAAAAUCGACUGAAACAAGACGCUUUGUUGGAGACGACACAUCUUGUCGAACUGAAGGCAGAGCUGAAGCAAGACAGAGAGGAUCUGGACAGAGAGCGUGAGAAGAUGGACAAAGAGAAACUGGACUUGGAGCUGAUGAGGUCUGACAUCCUGAAACAAAGUGACACAUUAAAACAAGCAAUACAAGAUAUAAAAGAGCAAAGAGACAAAUUGGAAAUCACCCAGUCUGAGCUGCAAAAGAAGAAAGAACAUGCAGACAGUCAGUUUGAUGAGAUGAACAGAGAAAAAGGCAACAUCAAAGAUCUGACCCUUCAGCUUCAGACUGAAAGAGACAAAUUUGAGAAUGUCAUGAACAUGAUUAUCUUAAAACAAGAAGAUCAAGAACUCAAGGACAACGAGCUCAAAAGACAAACACAAGAACUGGAAACUGUGAAGAACAGUGUGCUGGCAGAAACAGAGGAACUGGAACUUCUGAGAAAAGAUGUCAACAAGAAGAAAGAAGAGGUUGAAGCUGCCAUGAAUACUAUCAGUGCAGAGAGAGAAAUAGUCAGUCAGAUGAAGAGAAGUGUGGACAUGGAAAGACAAAUGCUUGAGGAUGAAAAGAACAAAAUGGAAGGAGAAAGGUCUGAUCUUAAAAUAAGAGAAGAUCAACUCUUGGAUAAAAUGAAGUCAAUCAAAACUCUGAGAGAAAAACUUCAACAGCUGAAAGAAAGGAUGAGUGAAGACAUGAAACACAAACUCAUCAGACUGGAACAAAACAAUGAAGAAGUAUUGAAACUGGUCAGUGUUUUGGAGCAAAAGCAUGAAGCUCUGGAUAAACAGAAAGAAAAUAUGUCAUCUUACACUGAGAUAUUACAGAGAGAAAGAGAAGGGUUGAGGAGUACCUUGUCAGAACUUGCCAUUCAGAGACAAGAGAUUGAAAAUCGACUGAAAGAAGAUGCUUUGUUGGAGACGACACAUCUUGUCGAACUUAAAGCAGAGCUGAAGCAAGACAGAGAGGAUCUGGACAGAGAGCGUGAGAAGAUGGACAAAGAGAAACUGGACUUGGAGCUGAUGAGGUCUGACAUCCUGAAACAAAGUGACACAUUAAAACAAGCAAUAAAACAUAUGAAAGAGCAAAGAGACAAAUUGGAAAUCACACAGUCUGAGCUACAAAAGAAGAAAGAACAUGCAGACAGUCAGUUUGAUGAGAUGAACAGAGAAAAAGGCAACAUCAAAGAUCUGACCCUUCAGCUUCAGACUGAAAGAGACAAACUUGAGAAUGUCAUGAACAUGAUUAUCUUAAAACAAGAAGAUCAAGAACUCAAGGACAACGAGCUCAAAAGACAAACACAAGAACUGGAAACUGUGAAGAACAGUGUGCUGGCAGAAAGAGAUGAACUGGAACUUCUGAGAAAAGAUGUCAACAAGAAGAAAGAAGAGGUUGAAGCUGCCAUGAACACUAUCAGUGCAGAGAGAGAAAUAGUCAAUCAGAUGAAGAGUAGUGCUGACAUGGACAGACAAAUGCUUGAGGAUGAAAAGAACAAAAUGGAAGGAGAAAGGUCUGAUCUUAAAAUAAGAGAGGAUCAACUCUUGGAUAAAAUGAAGUCAAUCAAAACUCUGAGAGAAAAACUUCAACAGCUGAAAGAAAGGAUGAGUGAAGACAUGAAACACAAACUCAUCAGACUGGAACAAAACAAUGAAGAAGUAUUGAAACUGGUCAGUGUUUUGGAGCAAAAGCACGAAGCUCUGGAUAAACAGAAAGAAAAUAUGUCAUCUUACACUGAGAUAUUACAGAGAGAAAGAGAAGGGUUGAGGAGUACCUUGUCAGAACUUGCUAUUCAGAGACAAGAGAUUGAACAUAGACUGACACAAGACGCUUUGUUGGAGAUGACACAUCUUGUUGAACUUAAAGCAGAGCUGAAGCAAGACAGAGAGGAUCUGGACAGAGAGCGUGAGAAGAUGAACAAAGAGAAACUGGACUUGGAGCUGAUGAGGUCUGACAUCCUGAAACAAAGUGACACAUUAAAACAAGCAAUACAACAUAUGAAAGAGCAAAGAGACAAAUUGGAAAUCACCCAGUCUGAGCUGCAAAAGAAGAAAGAACAUGCAGACAGUCAGUUUGAUGAGAUAAAUAAAGAGAAAGGCAACAUCAAAGAUUUGACCCUUCAGCUUCAGACUGAAAGAGACAAACUUGAGAAUGUCAUGAACAUGAUUAUCUUAAAACAAGAAGAACAAGAACUCAAGGACAACGAGCUCAAAAGACAAACACAAGAACUGGAAACUGUUAAGAACAGUGUGCUGGCAGAAAGAGAGGAACUGGAACUUCUGAGAAAAGAUGUCAACAAGAAGAAAGAAGAGGUUGAAGCUGCCAUGAACACUAUCAGUGCAGAGAGAGAAAUAGUCAGUCAGAUGAAGAGUAGUGCUGACAUGGACAGACAAAUGUUUGAGGAUGAAAAGAACAAAAUGGAAGGAGAAAGGUCUGAUCUUAAAAUAAGAGAGGAUCAACUCUUGGAUAAAAUGAAAUCAAUCAAAACUCUGAGAGAAAAACUUCAACAGCUGAAAGAAAGGAUGAGUGAAGACAUGAAACACAAACUCAUCAGACUGGAACAAAACAAUGAAGAAGUAUUGAAACUGGUCAGUGUUGUGGAGCAAAAGCACGAAGCUCUGGAUAAACAGAAAGAAAAUAUGUCAUCUUACACUGAGAUAUUACAGAGAGAAAGAGAAGGGUUGAGGAGUACCUUGUCAGAACUUGCCAUUCAGAGACAAGAGAUUGAAAAUCGACUGAAACAAGAUGCUUUGUUGGAGACGACACAUCUUGUCGAACUUAAAGCAGAGCUGAAGCAAGACAGAGAGGAUCUGGACAGAGAGCGUGAGAAGAUGGACAAAGAGAAACUGGACUUGGAGCUGAUGAGGUCUGACAUCCUGAAACAAAGUGACACAUUAAAACAAGCAAUAAAACAUAUGAAAGAGCAAAGAGACAAAUUGGAAAUCACCCAGUCUGAGCUACAAAAGAAGAAAGAACAUGCAGACAGUCAGUUUGAUGAGAUAAAUAAAGAGAAAGGCAACAUCAAAGAUUUGACCCUUCAGCUUCAAACUGAAAGAGACAAAUUUGAGAAUGUCAUGAACAUGAUUAUCUUAAAACAAGAAGAUCAAGAACUCAAGGACAACGAGCUCAAAAGACAAACACAAGAACUGGAAACUGUUAAGAACAGUGUGCUGGCAGAAAGAGAGGAACUGGAACUUCUGAGAAAAGAUCUCAACAAGAAGAAAGAAGAGGUUGAAGCUGCCAUGAAUACUAUCAGUGCAGAGAGAGAAAUAGUCAGUCAGAUGAAGAGUAGCGCUGACAUGGAAAGACAAAUGCUUGAGGAUGAAAAGAACAAAAUGGAAGGAGAAAGGUCUGAUCUUAAAAUAAGAGAGGAUCAACUCUUGGAUAAAAUGAAGUCAAUCAAAACUCUGAGAGAAAAACUUCAACAGCUGAAAGAAAGGAUGAGUGAAGACAUGAAACACAAACUCAUCAGACUGGAACAAAACAAUGAAGAAGUACUGAAACUGGUCAGUGUUUUGGAGCAAAAGCAUGAAGCUCUGGAUAAACAGAAAGAAAAUAUGUCAUCUUACACUGAGAUAUUACAGAGAGAAAGAGAAGGGUUGAGGAGUACCUUGUCAGAACUUGCCAUUCAGAGACAAGAGAUUGAAAAUCGACUGAAAGAAGAUGCUUUGUUGGAGGCGACACAUCUUGUCGAACUUAAAGCAGAGCUGAAGCAAGACAGAGAGGAUCUGGACAGAGAGCGUGAGAAGAUGGACAAAGAGAAACUGGACUUGGAGCUGAUGAGGUCUGACAUCCUGAAACAAAGUGACACAUUAAAACAAGCAAUAAAACAUAUGAAAGAGCAAAGAGACAAAUUGGAAAUCACACAGUCUGAGCUACAAAAGAAGAAAGAACAUGCAGACAGUCAGUUUGAUGAGAUAAAUAGAGAGAAAAGCAACAUCAAAGAUCUGACCCUUCAGCUUCAGACUGAAAGAGACAAACUUGAGAAUGUCAUGAACAUGAUUAUCUUAAAACAAGAAGAACAAGAACUCAAGGACAACGAGCUCAAAAGACAAACACAAGAACUGGAAACUGUUAAGAACAGUGUGCUGGCAGAAACAGAGGAACUGGAACUUCUGAGAAAAGAUCUCAACAAGAAGAAAGAAGAGGUUGAAGCUGCCAUGAACACUAUCAGUGCAGAGAGAGAAAUAGUCAAUCAGAUGAAGAGAAGUGUGGACAUGGAAAGACAAAUGCUUGAGGAUGAAAAGAACAAAAUGGAAGGAGAAAGGUCUGAUCUUAAAAUAAGAGAGGAUCAACUCUUGGAUAAAAUGAAAUCAAUGGAAACCCUGAGAGAAAAACUUCAACAGCUGAAAGAAAGGAUGAGUGAAGACAUGAAACACAAACUCAUUAGACUGGAACAAAACAAUGAAGAAGUACUGAAACUGGUCAGUGUUUUGGAGCAAAAGCAUGAAGCUCUGGAUAAACAGAAAGAAAAUAUGUCAUCUUACACUGAGAUAUUACAGAGAGAAAGAGAAGGGUUGAGGAGUACCUUGUCAGAACUUGCUAUUCAGAGACAAAAGAUUGAACAUAGACUGACACAAGACGCUUUGUUGGAGAUGACACAUCUUGUUGAACUUAAAGCAGAGCUGAAGCAAGACAGAGAGGAUCUGGACAGAGAGCGUGAGAAGAUGAACAAAGAGAAGCGUAACUUGGAGCUGAUGAGGUCUGACAUCCUGAAACAAAGUGACACAUUAAAACAAGCAAUAAAACAUAUGAAAGAGCAAAGAGACAAAUUGGAAAUCACACAGUCUGAGCUACAAAAGAAGAAAGAACAUGCAGACAGUCAGUUUGAUGAGAUAAAUAGAGAGAAAAGCAACAUCAAAGAUCUGACCCUUCAGCUUCAGACUGAAAGAGACAAACUUGAGAAUGUCAUGAACAUGAUUAUCUUAAAACAAGAAGAACAAGAACUCAAGGAUGAUGAACUUAAGAGACAAACACAAGAACUGGAAACCAGUAGAAACAAUUUAUUGGCAGAAAAAGAAGAAUUUGAACUUUUGCAAAAGGAUCUCAACAAGAAGAAAGAAGAGGUUGAAGCUGCCCUUACCACCAUCGGUGAAGAGAGAGAACAAGUCACUAAAAUGAAGACUGCAUUUUACAGGGAGAGGGCAAUGCUUUCAAAUGACGAGGAAAGGAUGAAAGAACUGUCUGAGUUGAACAUGAAAGCUGAACAGUUAAAUGGUAAAAUGAAAUCCAUGGAAACUCUGAGAGCAAAACUCGAGCGUUUCACUGAAACAACACAAGAAGUUCUAAAAACCAAAAUGGACAGAUUAGCACAACACACUGAAGAUGUGCAAAAACUUUGCAUGAUGUUGGAGCAAAAACAAACAGAAUUUGAAGCAGACCAAAACAAGCUGCCUGAUUUCAUUCAAGAGUUAAAAAGAGAAAAGCAAGGUCUUAUUACUAUGGCAUCAGACAUGCUCCAAAGCAGAUAUGAAACAGAAGAUGAAGGGACGACAAAGCCUGUUUUAGAAAUACAAGAUGGUGGAGAACUUAAGACAGAGAUGAUCCCAGAGAGAGAGGAUCAGAAAAGUGUCCAUGACAUUUCUAGCAAAGAAAAACUGGACAUGAUGAAGUAUAUGAACCUACUAGAACGAAACAGACAAGAAAUAGAAAAGAGAAAAGAUGAGCUUCAGAUCACAAUGACUCAGCUAAAAGAUGAGAAAGAACACAUCAGCAGCUUCCUUGAAGAGAUAAACAGAGAAAAGGGCAACAUAAGUGAGAUGGAGCAUCAGGUUCAGACAGAGAAGGACAAAGUUCAGAAGAUGAUGAAUAUGAUUGUUUUGAAAGAAAAAGAACUUUAUCUAAAAGAAGCCGACAUCAAGGAGCAAGUACAAGAACUGCAAAACAGCAGAAACAUUGUACUUGCAGAAAGAGAUGAACUAGAACUUUUGAGAAAGGAUCUCAACAAGAAGAAAGAAGAGGUUGAAGCUGCCAUGAACACCAUCAGUGAGGAGAGAGAAAAAGUAAAUCAGAUGAAGAGUAGCGCUAACCAGGAAAGACCACCGCUUGAGAUUGAAAAGGAAGGAGAAAGGUCUGCGCUGAAAAUAAGAGAAGAUGAACUCUUGGAUAAAAUGAAAUCAAUGGAAAGUCUGAGAGAAAAACUUCAACAGCUGAAAGAAAGGAUGAGUGAAGACAUGAAACACAAACUCAUCAGACUGGAACAAAACAAUGAAGAAGUAUUGAAACUGGUCAGUGUUUUGGAGCAAAAGCAUGAAGCUCUGAAUAAACAGAAAGAAAAUAUGUCAUCUUACACUGAGAUAUUACAGAGAGAAAGAGAAGGGUUGAGGAGUACCUUGUCAGAACUUGACAUUCAGAGACAAGAGAUUGAAAAUCGACUGAAACAUGACGCUUUGUUGGAGACGACACAUCUUGUCGAACUGAAGGCAGAACUGAAGCAAGACAGAGAGGAUCUGGACAGAGAGCGUGAGAAGAUGAACAAAGAGAAACUGGACUUGGAGCUGAUGAGGUCUGACAUCCUGAAACAAAGUGACACAUUAAAACAAGCAAUACAAGAUAUAAAACAGCAAAGAGACAAAUUGGAAAUCACACAGUCUGAGCUACAAAAGAAGAAAGAACAUGCAGACAGUCAGUUUGAUGAGAUGAACCAAGAAAAAGAACAACUGUAUCAAAUGAGAACAACGAUUGAAACUGAGAGAGAGAUGUUUUUAAAUGAACUGAAGAGGAUGAAAGGAGAACAGUGUCAGCUGGAAAUAAGAGAGGACCGGCUCACCAGGUUAAUGUACUCCAUGGGAAGUCUGACAGCAAAACUCAAAAAACUGUGUCAAAGGACACAUGAAGACUUAACAAAGAAUAUGAACAGAUUAGGCCAGAAAUAUGAAGAUAUGCUCCAACAGAACUCAAUAUUGGAACAUAAGUGUAUUGAAUUUGUUCAACAGGAAAAUAAGAUGACUCGUUAUUGUGACCUGAUUAAAAAGGAGAAGAAACAUGUGGUGACAAUGACAUGUGACAAGGCAGAGCAAACUGAUAUUUUGAAAGAAUGGGUGGUUGUUCUUCAGUCAGAUGUUGCGAUCCAGACUGAAGAUCAAUGGAAGCCAGAGCGACAUGAACAGGAUCUUGAAAGAAAGGUUAAAUACUUGAAAAGUGAGAGGAAAGGUCUGCUGAUAGAAGCAGAAGAUGAAGAGCUGGAAAAUGAACAGAAACAGAGGCUUGAGUUGGCUUCAGAGCAAGAUGGUUUUACAGAUGAGAAAAUAUCAAAACGAGAUUGUUUGCGAAAGCUGUGGAAGGACACUAAAACAGAACGGAAGGAGAUUGAUCGGAUGAGGCGCGCAAGCCAUGAGAUGAGAAAUAACCUCGAGAAGAGACUCAAGGGGAUCAAACAGUUUGCUAAGAAAACAUGGUUACAGAAAGAAAAGGAACCGUUGGACAGGAAGCUGAAACAAGGACUCAGUAAGGACACAACAUCGCAAUGUGACUGCAAGAAAGAUCAUACAACCCUUGAUGAAAAAUACACAGAGCUCCAACAAAUUAGGUUUCAGAUGCUCAGUGAGAUUGAGAAACUCAGUGUUAAGGAAAAAGUGUCUCGGACAGUGACAACUAGCAACAAAGCUAAUCAAACAUCCCAGGUUGAUAUAACCACAGGGAAUGCAACCGUGCAGGUAACAGAACAAGCCUCUGCCAAAACGAGUCAAGAACAGAUGUGGGUUGAAGAAACAGAAGCAGAUACUGACUUAUCCAGUGGACUCCUCUGUCAGCUACAGCAUUACUGCUAUCGAUGCUGUUGCCAUUGUGAUGCCUGCUGUAAGCAAGUCUGUGAAGGGGACAAAUGAGAGACACAUCUGGGUCACUGUUAUCAUCAAUGUAAAUGUUUCUAGCAUACAGCUGAAAUACAAAACAAGUGUUCGACUGAACCAUUUGUAAUACAAAGAUAGUAACUGAACAUUUUUGUUAUAUUUUUAGUCCAGCAAAUAUUCAUCACAUUGCUGGCAAACGCUUGCUUUGGCAGUCCAGAUAAUUGACAUUUUUAAAAUUAUCAGCCUAAAAUUAGGUUUCCUAAUGGAUAAGAAUUGCUGGAGUGGAAUCAAACUAAUAUAUUGACACUUUUUUAAACCAUCUUAAUAAAAAGUAAUAGGAUAACUAAAUAUGUCAAGGUAUUUGGCAGAUCAGAGUUCAAAAUCUGUGAUGCUUGUGUGUCUUGAAUAAUUCUUUACUGGCUAUUGCACCAUAUUUGUUUGCAUAAUAAUAUAAGAUUUAAUAGUGCACUUGAGCCAUUUUAAGAAUGAAUGCUUCAUUUUUUUUUAGUUUUGCAGCAGAACCACCAUUCUUCAUUUACAGAAAAUCAUACAAAUUUAAGAACCCAUGUUCCCAUGUUGUGUUACAAUUAUUUUAAGAUAUUCAGGCAGAGAGCUCCAAAGCCCUCACAGCAAAAGCCUGUUGACCUGGUAUUUUUGCGCUGUGACCUGCAGGAGAGCAGGUCUCAAAGUCCAGAUCAGCCCAGUUACUGUGCUGCUGUGAUAUUUUGGAAGUAUCUAAUGAUCCUGAGUAGAAAAUAUAUGAUGCUGUUAAGAGAUUUGUAAACACUAUUUGUAAAUGUAAAUAAAGCUUGUGUGAAGUAGAAAAAUA